UGAUUUGAUUUGAUUUGAUUUGAGUCGGCGAUUGGUUGAUGCGUACAGUACCUUGGACUUCUACUGCCCAUCACAUCACCAACAGCGAGUUUCUCAGGUCAUGCGACGGUGCUUGCUUGGCGUAUUCACUUGUGGCCUGGUACAACAAGACUCGGUACGACAGAAUACAGGUACCUAGUCUACAGUGCAGUAUUCCCCCAAGUGUCACGGCUGGCACCACAGUGUUCUUUUUUCAUCCAAAGACAUGGCUCUGUGGGGUGCAGAAAGGCUGGGGUUGAAACAUGGGUUAACGACAUAAGGCCGAGCCAUUGCUUGGUAGCGUGUCAGAAAUGCCGCUUGCUACGAACGGCGGUCGUCUUUCACGUGGCUGCUAGAUCAUCUCUGCUGGACAUAUCAGAUCAUAAAGAGAAAUUCGUAUAGUUCUUGUGUACCGUGGCUUGGAUGGAAUUGUCGGGAGAGCGGACGGAAAGGGACGCAAGUGUAAGGUCAAGCACAUACAACGUUGAGUCGAAUCUUGUGAACCUACCCUGGACUGUCAAACAUGAUGAUAAAACGGGCGUUUUUCGUAUAUGUCUCAUGUACAAUAUCAUUGAGGCCGGAGUGAUAACAGCAUUGUCAAUCAGAUAUCAGAUAAAGAUUGGCGGUUGUUGUUUCGUUGGUUUACCGUUCCUGCUUGGUGUGUUCAAUACCUCAAAUACAUCACAGCUGGAUAUCAAAAGAUCUCGAAAGUGGCACAAGCUGUCAUUGUUGUAUUCAGUCAUACUAUCAUCAAUGCAACGUAUUCUCAGGGCCGCGUGGAGUGUAACAGACUAAAACAUUCCCAGAUAAACCU